GUCAGUCAGUCUAGAACCUGCGUAUCGCAUCAAUCAUGUUGGCCGCUGAGACCGUUGACUUUUUCCGUGUUCAAUCAAUCUGCCUGAGAGCUAUUGGCAUUGCUCGAACCGAUUCGUUCCGCGGGAGAGUUCUGUUCGCGUUUAGCUUCUUCACCGUGCUUGUCAUGAUGCUGGGCACGGUGAUGUUUGCCUUCAAACACAUCGACCAAAUUAUGCUGCUAUGCGAUUGUCUGGGGCCCACCUUCACCGCCUACCUGGGGCUGGUGCGGCAGUACAAUCUACUCCUGCAUCGGUCCGAGCUGUGGAGUAUCGUGGACGAGUUUGCGGCAUUGAAGCAUUCGCUCCAGUCGAGCGAAAUCAGGAUCGUGCAAAAGUACAACCGCAUCGACCGGUUCCUCGCGUGGGCUUAUUUGAUUACGGCCAUGUCAACGGGAGUGCUUUUCGUGGGAGUAGCGCUAGUGCUGGUUUUCCUGUCGGAGAAAUCGGACUGGAAACUACCGCUGCUGAUGGACUUCCCAUUUGAUGUGAAACAUCCGGUGACCUUUACAAUUUUCUUUGUCUGGUGCAGUGUGGCCAUAUUUUGGGUCGUGCUGGAUUGUGUGGCGUGUGAUUCCACGUUCGGUACCUUUUCCUCCUGCCUGGUGGCCCACUUCGUCAUCAUCCAAGAGCGUUUCGAGGGGCUUCGCUUUGACGAAGGUAACCGGGAGCUGAAGAAACUCAUCGAACACCACAAGUACAUACUACGUAUCUCCGAUCGUGUCAUCAAUGCGUAUAAAAAUGUCAUUCUGAAUCAAUUGCUCAUCUCAUCGGUACUGCUCUGUAUGCUCGGCUUUCAGCUAGUCAUAUCGGUGGGUACGAACAUUAUGGUGGUAUAUGUGGCGUACGGGAUGGCCAUUACCAUACAGGUUACCUACUACUGCUACUAUGGAUCACAGCUCUACUACGAGAGUACACAGGUGCAUGAUGCUGUCUUCAAAAGCAAAUGGUAUGAUGCGAGUGUUGCCACCCAAAAAAUGUUGAUCAACUGUAUGAUGAGAGCGAAGAAACCGGUGAACGCAAAGUCGGGCUUUACGCAAGCAUCUUUGCCCGCGCUGAAUGCGAUUUUAAAUUCAGCUGGAUCGUACGUAGCUCUACUGAUGUCUCUGAUGGAGUAAAAGAUUGUUUCAAUUAUUAAAGCAAAAACAACACUUAAUAAUCUUAAACGUGAAAUAGAUGAUGUUGGAUGUAGCUGCACAAGAAACACUAACUAUUCUAAUGGAACUAUCCAAAAUCAAUGUUUAACUUAGUUUGCUAUCAAUAAUUGCGAACAUAGAUGCAAUUCUAUUUGUCUAAAGUCUAAACUGCUCUGCUAUGAAAUGUACACAAUAUUUAUGUUACUCUGUUACCAUUUCACCACACGCUAUCCACUUCCAUCGUCUAUUGGCUUUUUUGCUGUUUAAAUGUUGUAGAGUUAUAGAAAAAGCAAUGGAAAUUUUAUUCUGCGUUUCAACUAAACCCAAGUAAUUCUGCUUUGUAACUGUCCCGCCGUCACCAUUGCAUGUUCGAACGCAAAAUUCAAAAAUCUCCGCAUGUAUCACCUACAUUCCUUGCGUGUUGUGUUCCCUUUUUAUCAUUGCAUUGUUCUAACGAAAUCUCAGGACACAUCAGUACAGUACAGUAAAGCUUAAUAACUAUAUUUGCACAUGUAUGCUCAAAUAAAAUAAUACACAGUACGGAUAUUCCCUCGAAGUCUUUCUUACACGGCGGCUCACAGGAUCUGUUGACGUGGACGGCAACAGUGCACGCGUAUGUGUGUAUAUAUAGUGACACUAAGUUUCGUAUGUAGCAAAUGAAAUAAAUAAAAUAAAUGGUCGUAU